AACAUUAGAAACAGUUAAACAUUAUUAAGUAUCUAGUUUAAUUCAAUUUAUAUUUAAAACGUAGUUAGUAGGCAGUACACCAACAGAACUCAAAAUACAUUGACAUUUGUUAGCUAUCGAAUCAGAUGUUGGCUAAACGUUACGGUUUCUAAGGGAGGUUUUAGUUGUCGACUUCCGCCACAACACGAGAAAUAAUUAAGCUAGAAACAACGAAAAGGCUGGAAGUUUGGCAGUCCUGUGAAAUUUGACCAAAAUUCGUAUAUCCUCAGGCAUACUCAGUAGUGAUGGAGGGAACUUCUAAAAAUGAUGGUGAAUCACAAAUGUCUGUUGCUGCUCAAGUUCCGUUCAUUGACCUGUGCACAGUCCUUGAGAAGAUCCAGAAAGCCAAACUUCGACCUGAUAAAGCUAAAUUCUUAAAAGAUUUCAUGGAUUCAUGGAGAAAGUUUCAUGCUGCCCUUCACAAAGACAAUCCCAACACUACAGACUCAUUCUACCCAGCCAUGCGUCUCAUAGUGCCUCCAUUUGAAAGGGAGAGGAUGGCAUAUGGUAUCAAAGAAAACAUGUUGGCGAAACUCUAUAUCGAGGUUUUGGGCCUCCCAAAAACAGGACCAGAAGCAACUAAGCUUCUUAAUUACAGAGCUCCCACUACAUCUCAAGGGGAAUCAGGAGACUUUUCCCUUAUAGCUUACUUUGUCCUCAAAAAGAGAUGCCCAAGCCAGGGUAACCUAAGCAUUAAGGAGGUCAACAACUUUUUAGACUCAGUAGCUAUGAAUAAUGCCAGCAAACAGAAAGACCUUGUGAAGAAAAGUCUUUUACAUCUGAUUACUCAGAGCUCAGCACUGGAGCAGAAGUGGCUUAUUCGUAUGAUCCUGAAAGACAUGAAGCUUGGCGUUAGCAAGGAAACAGUGCUCCAGGUAUUCCACCCAGAUGCUCCAGAGCUUUACAAUGUCACUACAGACUUGGAUAAGGUAUGUAGACAGCUACAUGACCCCUCCAUUACAUUGACUGAUGUGUCAAUUGGGUUGUUCUCUGCCUUCAAACCUAUGCUGGCGGCUGUGGCCAACAUCCCCCAAGUGGAGAAACAGAUUGGAAAUCAGCCCUUCUAUAUUGAGACCAAGCUGGAUGGUGAACGCAUUCAACUUCAUAAGGAUGGGGAUGUAUAUAAAUACUAUACACGCAACUCAUUUGAGUACACACAGCAAUUUGGGGCCUCGCCACUAGAGGGGUCCCUUACACCAUACAUCCACAAUGUCUUUAAGUCUCAUGUGGUCACCUGCAUCUUGGAUGGGGAGAUGAUGGCUUACAACCCCACCACAGAGACCUUCAUGCAAAAAGGCAGCAAAUUUGAUAUCAAGAGGCUUGUGGAUGACUCCGAGUUACAAACAUGUUUUUGUGUGUUUGACGUACUGCUCGUCAAUGACCGGAAGUUUGGAAAUGAGCCUCUCAAGAAGCGUUAUGACACCCUCCAGACUGUCUUCAUGCCUGUUAAGGGCCGCAUCCAGCUGGUGCCUAAAACCGAAGCCAAAGCCAUUAAGGAAGUUGUAAACGCCCUCAAUGAAGCCAUCGACAAUCGGGAAGAGGGGAUCAUGGUAAAAAACCCUCUGUCCAUCUACAAGCCAGAUAAACGUGGCGAGGGCUGGCUGAAGAUUAAACCUGAGUAUGUGGAUGGUCUGAUGGAUGAACUGGAUUUGCUGAUAGUUGGAGGCUAUUGGGGGAAAGGUAGGCGGAGUGGGAUGUUGUCCCACUUCCUCUGUGCCGUUGCUGAAACUCCAAGUCCUGGAGGGAAGCCCACAGUGUUCCAUACAGUCUGUCGCAUCGGAUCAGGCUACACCAUGAAGGAGCUUUAUGAUCUUGGCUUGAAACUGGCCAAACACUGGAAAGUUUACCGCAAGAUUGACCCUCCUCCAGCCAUUUUAUGUGGAACAGAGAAGCCUGAGGUUUACAUUGAGCCACAAAACUCUGUGAUCAUUCAGGUCAAAGCAGCGGAGAUUGUAGCCAGUGACAUGUAUAAAACUAACUGCACAUUGCGUUUCCCCAGGAUUGAGAGAAUCAGAGAAGACAAAGAAUGGCAUCAGUGCAUGACCUUGGAUGAGCUAAGUCAAUUCUGCACUAAAGCCUUUGGUAAGCUGGCGUCCAGACAUCUGUACAUCCAGGAAGACCAGCCAGACAAAAAGAAACGUAAACUUGGGCCCAAGCCCAAAAGGACUAUUGGUAUUGUGGACCACUUCAGGUCCCAAGACCUGUCAGCAGUUACCAAAGAAACAGACAUGUUUGAAGAUGUAGAAUUCUGUGUGAUGAGCGGAAGUGACACGCAUUCCAAGGCUGAGCUUGAGAAGACCGUGGUCCGCUGUGGCGGCAUCGUGGUGCAGAACCCUGGGAAGGACACGUACUGUGUGAUUGCUGGGGUGGAAAACAUGAGGGUGAAGAACCUCAUUGGUGCCGACCAGUAUGAUGUGGUGGGUGCCUCCUGGCUGCUGGAAUGUCUGGACAGGAAACAGGUGCUGCCAUGGCAGCCACGACACAUGAUCCACAUGUCGCCUUCUACAAGGGAGCACUUUGCCGAAGAGUAUGACUGCUACGGAGACAGUUACUAUGUCGACACAGACGAGCAGCAGCUGCGGGAUGUCUUUGGCAGGGUCAGACUUGUGGAAAUGGAGGUUGCCUCUGUGGCUUCAGUAGAAGAGAAGUAUGGUUGGGAUGACUUGCCAACCAGCAUGUUUAGACCUUGUUGCGCCUACUUUGACCGGUAUGGUGACAUCGGAGACCCGAAAAGUUUCAUCCAAGGGUCAUGCCUGAACUCCCGGGCCCUGGAGUUCCGCUUUCAUGGAGGCACAGUGAUAAAGAGACUAAAAGAAGGCAUCUCGCAUGUUGUGGUGGCAGGGGAGGAGAGAGUGCAGGACCUGAGGACACUGAGGCGUCUCUUCACAAAGAAGUUCAAGAUAGUUAGAGAGACAUGGGUAACUGAAUCUGUUAAGGCAGGGCACUUAUUGAAUGACAAUGACUACCUCAUGUAAUAGUGGAGGCCACCACACCAUUUAGAGACUGCAACCCGUUUAUGAUCAUUGUUGAGAUGAUCAUCUUUGACUUUUUAGCAAUAAUAAGUUUGCACAGGCAAUAUGUGCCUUUUUAGACUACCAUUUUAGAUUUACAUAAAUAAGUACAUUUUUAUUUAGACAAGCUUUAUUUGGAUUCCUUACAGAAAGUGUGGAUCAUGUGAAUAUAAUAUUUUAAUUUAUUAGUUUUUUUUAGUUUUAUGUAAGAUGGUUUCAUGUUUCAUAAGAAUGACAGAAUAAGGUUGUUUUUACAGUUUAUCUUUCUAUAUGACAAAAAUUAAAGAUUGGUGAAGUGAAUUAGAAUGUUGAUGGUAUUGUAAAUAAUAAUGCUUUGUCAAUUUGUGAAGUCAUUCAGUAUACUUACAUCUGUCAAACCAGUGUGUUUAGGUGAGGCCUAAGCAAUUUGGUUCUUUAGCAAGCUUGACACAUUUCAUUUAGACCACUUGAAGAAUACAGAAUUUAUAAAUUGUUUGUUGACUUUCCGAUUGUUUUGUAUGUGAGCUUUAAGUAAUCUUUCAGCAGUUUCACUUCAAUAACAUGAUCUAUACUGAAAAGUGAUUUGCUCUUUCCAUAAUGGUAAUAGCAGCUUGCCUAAUAUUGGUUCUACCAGUUCAAAUCAAAUUUCUUUUGAUUUGAGGAUUAUGUUCACAUAUGUUAUAUUGAGCUUGCCUGGUUUGUUUCUUUUAGCUCUAUUGAAAACAUUGAUGACAUUCUUCCUCUAAAAGCACCAUUUCAGUGAACCUGAAAAUGAGGUUUCUCAGCAUCAUCCCCUGAUACACACACACACAGAAGAUGCACACAGGAUGCACACAGGGACAUACAUAGCCCUGAAGGGAUGAGAGGAGCUUAAGAGCCCCUUAUAAAAGGUAAUCCAGGGGGAAUGAGGAAAUCGUGUUGCCAGAGGGUUUGGAAAGGUGAGCGAGGGCAUGCCAGGUAGGACAGCCGGAGUCUGAGCUGAAAUGGCUCCCCUGAGCAUGUUAGAGGGGUGCACCCACCUCUAAAAGGUUCCUGUAUGGAAAGGUCAGCGAAGUAGCAAGGGACCACCCGCAUCAGCAUGCGCCGUAAUGCAUCCGCCUCAGGCGAGUAGAUAUU